AUGCAGUUGCACGACUAUAUGAAGUAUAUAGACAUGGCUUGCUGGAUGGCAUGCAUACCGCGAUACCAAUGGACAGGUCGGACCGCAGACAGAAAAUCAUAUAGUUUGGCGAAAAAGUCUCUCUUCAUAUUUGGAGUCAUUUGUUUGAUUUAUCAGAUUUUUGGACAAAUUACCUAUUUGUAUAAAAAUGGACGAAAGGAACAGGAUACGGAAACUUUUGUUGCAGUAAUAUCGGAAACGUUCGGUUCUUUAAUGCUAACCACUGUCGGAUUUGCUAAUAUAUAUGCCUUGAUGAAGAAUCGUCAUCAAAUCGAAAUAAUGUUCGAGGAGCUCCAUAAGAUAUAUCCGAGAAUCAGGGAUAAGCACUUUCGCUGCCAGCACUACUACGACAUGGCCAUUCUAAUCAUGAAAAUAGAGUUUAUGUUUUAUAUGGUCUUCUAUGUGUACUACAAUAGUGCCCCUCUUUUCGUGCUUUAUUGGGAAUACCUACAGGAAGAACAGGAUUUAAGUUUUAAGAUGCAAACUAACACUUGGUUUCCUUGGAAAGUCCAGGGCUCAACCAUCGGAUUUGGUAUGGCUUUACUUAGUAUAUCGUUGGCAUCCUUUGUGGGCGUUGGCUUUAGUAUAGCCACCCUGAAUAUUGUCUGCAUUUUUACUUUCCAACUGAAAUUGCACUAUGAUGGCAUGGCAAGUCAGUUAAUGGAUCUUGAUUCUCGUCAGUCUGGAGCCCAUGAGAAGUUGAGGAAUCUGAUAGCUUAUCACUUUCACAUUCUUAAAAUGGGGGACCAGUUCAAUCAGAUCUUAAACUUUAUAUUCGGGAGCAGUUUAGUUGGUUCGACUAUUGCCAUUUGUAUGACAAGCGUGGCUGUACUUCUGCUGGACGUGGGAUCUGCCUUUAAGUACAUAAUCGGACUGAUUGCCUUUGUCCUUUACCACUUCGUCAUCUGCUAUAUGGGAACUGAGGUCGCUUUCGCAAUGGAGUUAGAGGACUUUAUGUGGUAUCAGGACCUAGUGUGUCAGGUGUCCCAACUUCCAAGAUUCGAAUGGAGUGGGAGACGAUUCGCGAGUGUCGAACGGAACCUAGCAAAACGCAUAAUCUUUUUAUGUGAAGCAGUAAAUCUGUUAUAUCACAAUAUUGGAUGCAUUAUGUACGGCUAUUUCGUUGUUGAAAAUACACAUGAUCCGAUUGAGUAUUUAGCAGAAAUGGCUGCCGUGGGCAGCAUGCUUGGUUUUACCAUUUUGGGAACUCUCAACUUAUGGCAGAUACUGAAACUUAAGCCACAUGUUGAAGAACUAUUGAAAGAUUUUGAAGAGCUGUUUCAAUUUGCAAAACAGAAACCAUAUCGGACAAGGCACUAUCACGAGUCAUAUACGAGUUAUGUAAAAAUAUGGUUUAUUAUCUACACAUUUUCCGUUGUCUACUACAAUUUACAACCUUUUAUUCUCAUGAUUUGGGAACAUCUGAAGGACUCACCAGAAUUGAGCUAUCAGAUUCAGAGCGGCACCUGGUAUCCAUGGCGGAUUCAAGGAUCUAUUACUGGCUUUCUUGUAGCGAUAAUCUGUCAGGGUUUUUCGUGCCAAGUCAUCAUGUGCUCCAUUUUGCUUAGCCAGUUUCUAAUAAGCUUCUUUGGCAUCCAAUUGGAAAUCCAUUUUGAUGGUUUGGCCAGUCGACUUAAAGGCAUUGAUGCACGAUAUCCCAUCGCCAGGGAUCAGUUAACAUAUCUUAUAGUGUAUCACAGUAAAUUAUUUAAUCUGGCGGAUAGAGUUAAUCGAUUGUUCAACUUUACGUUUUUCGUAAGCUUCUCGCUAUCCAUAAUUUCCAUGUGUUUUUUGGCCAAUUGCAUGACCAUGUUUGAUUUGGUUUCGGGCUUUAAACAUUUGCUUGGACUUCUCAUAUUCUUGAUCUACAAUUUUUCUAUGUGCAGGAAUGGUACCCACUUGAUUUAUGCGAGCGACAAAGUUUUGCCAGCUGCCUUUUAUAACAAUUGGUACGAAGGAGAUCUUUCUUAUCGAAGGACGCUGCUUAUCCUAAUGAUGCGUGCCACGAAGACUUAUACUUGGAGAACCUACAAGCUGACACCGGUAUCCAUAACCACCUAUAUGGCUACUUUGAAAUUUUCUUACCAAAUGUUUACCUGCGUGCGAUCCAUGAAAUAA